AUGCAGCUUCUCCAGUCCCUCUCAGCUGGCUUGCUCUUCGCCAGCAGCUGCUUGCUUCCGUCCGUUGCAGCUAACCCGGCUGCCCGUCGCUAUGACUCGCAGGUGAAGCAUGCGUCGCCCAUCGCGCCCAAGGUCUUCAUCAUCUCGAUGUUUGAACCCGAAGCCGCCGCCUGGUGGGGAAUCCCCGACUUCGACCUCCUCGCCCACAACAUCACCAUCCCUGGCGCCUCUCCCAUCUUCCCCGACGUGCACUGCACCGCCGACCAUAGUGUCUGCCAGCUCGUGACCGGCGAAGGCGAAAUCAACGCCGCCAUCACGGUCUCGUCGAUAGCCUUCUCGCCCCUCUUCGACCUCACCCACACCUACUUCCUCGUCGCCGGCAUCGCCGGCAUCAACCCCGAGGUCGGCACGAUCUGCGGCGCCACCUUCGCCCGCUUCGCCAUCCAAGUCGCUCUGCAGUACGAGAUCGACCUGCGCGAACUCCCCGGCAACUACUCCACCAGCUACAUCCCCCAGGGCGCCCAGUACCCCAACCAAUACCCGACCAGCAUCUACGGCACCGAGGUCUUCGAAGUCAACGCCGAGCUGCGCUCCCUGGCCGCCUCGUUCGCCCGCAAGGCCAACCUCUCCGACUCGGCCACGGCCCAGGCCUACCGCGCUAACUACGCCUCUGCUGAAGGCGACAUCUACGCGGCUGCCACGCGCGCACCCUCCGUUAUCGAAUGCGACGUCGCUACUACAGACGUCUACUACAGCGGCGAGCUCCUCAGCUCCGCUUUCGCUAAUACCACGCGCGUCUGGACCAACGGCACCGGCACGUACUGCUCCACGGCGCAGGAGGAUAACGCCACCCUGGAGGCCCUCCUGCGGACGUCGUACCACAACCGGACCGAUUUCUCGCGGAUCAUCGUCAUGCGCACCGCGUCGGACUUUGAACGCCCGUAUCCCGGUCAGUCGGCGCUCGAUAAUCUGAUGUUCGCGGAGCAGGGCGCGUUCGAGCCUGCCGUCGAGAACCUGUAUAAUGCGGGUAUUGAGGUCGUGAAGGGGAUUGUUGGGGAGUGGAACUCGACGUUCGAGAAGGGCGUUAAGCCGAGUAACUACGUCGGUGAUAUCUUUGGGACGUUGGGUGGGAAGCCAAGUUUUGGCCCUGGUAGGAAGCAGGCGUUGAGUGAUGCCGGGGCGAUUACGAAGAGGAAUGUGAAGAUCAGGGUGUAG